AUGGCGAUCGAGGCAAAUCUGUCACAGGAAAAUGAUAUUUCGGCGGAAGACUGGCAAGGUGUGCAGCUUAAUGGGCAAAAUAUACUCAAUGAUCGCUUUACGGCUGUUCAAGGACAAGGGCUUAGCACUGGUGUCCGUGUCAAAGAUGGAAGACUGGAUAUUGAGUUUCGAGAGCCCAAGCCCUGGCUUGCUACACUGAUGAAACACGUAGAGGAACCCCCAGAGCUAGUCACGGAGCAACAGGAACACGUAGACGUCGUUCCCGAGGAAGACACCGAAUUUCCCCUGAAGUUGAACAUCGUCAUACAAGUUGUGGGAUCCCGUGGUGACGUCCAGCCUUUCGUCGCUCUGGGUCAGGAGCUUCGGAAACACGGACAUCGUGUUCGACUCGCAACACACAUGUCUUUCCGCAAAGAUGUGAAUGAUCAGGGGCUCGAAUUCUUCAACAUUGGUGGUAAUCCAGAAGAACUUAUGGCCUUUAUGGUCCAGAACCCUGGUCUGUUGCCAGGUAUACGCACAAUUCGCAGCGGCGCGAUUCAGAAGCGCCGACGGGAAAUGAAAGCCAUUUUUUCUGGAUGCUGGCACUCUUGCUAUGAGGCUGGAGAUGGUACUGAAAUGCAUAACAUCGCCGCACAUACUCAGAACGGCGCUGUCGACUCUUGGCGACGGCCGUUCGUCGCCGAUGUUAUUAUCGCGAACCCCCCAUGCUUUGCCCAUUUGAGUUGCGCCGAGAAGCUUGGAAUUCCUUUGAAUAUGAUGUUUACGAUGCCCUGGUCCCCAACGCAAGCCUUUCCACACCCGCUAGCAAAUGUCCGGUCUCAAAGCACCAAACCAUCGGUGGCAAACUUUGCUUCAUAUGGCAUAGUGGAGGUAAUGAUGUGGGAAGGUCUCGGAGACCUGAUUAACCAUUUCCGCAAGAAGGAAUUGGGCCUGGAUCCAUUGGAUGCCAUCAGGGCACCUAGCAUGAUUCAUCGACUGCAAAUACCAUAUACGUACCUUUGGUCGCCAUCUCUCCUUCCAAAACCUCGUGACUGGUCCACCAAUAUCGACGUCUGUGGGUUUCAAUUUCUUUCUCCUGAGUCCGAAUAUGAGCCAUCAGAAGAGCUUGCUGCUUUCCUGAAGGCGGGAGAGCCUCCGAUCUAUAUUGGGUUUGGCUCCAUUAUAGUUGACAACCCCCAGAAACUAACAAAGACAAUCUUUGAGGCUGUUCGUCUGACGGGACAGCGCGCGCUUAUAUCGAAAGGAUGGAGUAAUAUCGGCUCUUCAGAAACUGACAUUCCCGAGAGUAUUUUCCUGUUAGGAAGCUGCCCCCAUGAUUGGCUUUUUCGACAAGUCUCAUGCGUUGUGCACCACGGUGGUGCUGGAACUACUGCCGCAGGGCUUCUUCUAGGCCGCCCGACAGUCAUUGUUCCCUUUUUCGGGGACCAACCAUUCUGGGGUUCCAUUGUCGCUCGAGCAGGCGCGGGCCCACAUCCCGUUCCAUUUAAGGAAUUAACAGCCCAAAAGUUAGCCGCGGCAAUUCAAGAAGCUCUAGGAGAAGACGCUCAGGACAACUCCAGAUUGAUCGGAGAGAAGAUGCGCGCAGAGCAUGGAGUACAGAAAGCCGCGCACAGUUUUCACCAGCAUAUCAAUGUUGAGGCGCUAAGGUGCUGUGUCUGCCCCGACCGACCAGCAGUGUGGUGGGUCCGCCAUUCACACGUUAAGCUAAGCGCUUUGGCAACUUCAAUACUAGUGCACACGGGCCAUAUCAAACCAUCGGAUGUGAUCUUAUAUCGAGCCCGACAAUAUGACACGAACCGUGACCCCAGAGGCCCACUAUCUGCUACCGCGGAAGUUUUGUACGGUGCUAUGACAGAUAUUAUCCUUGGUAUUGCUCGUGGCCCUGGACAGAUGGCGAAAAUGUUCGCCGGAUCUGAUUCUAUGUCUGCACAACGUGACUACAGAGGGAGAGAAUGGGCUAUGUCACACUUUGCAGAAUGUGUGUCACACCAAGAGCGCAGGCGCGAAUCCCAGUCGUUCAUGAAUACCAGCAGCCGCAGUGGAAAUGUGUACAGCCCUGGUGAAAAUGAGCGCGGGAACCCCGAAGGGCAUCCAGAAGCGAAUGCUAUAUCCAACAGUAUGGCGGCAGAUCUAAGCGAAUUGCAUUCUUCCCAGAAUGAUCAGGUUCACGGACGACUUGCCAUGGGAGAGGGAGGAUCAAAAAGCUACAGCAAAAAGCGCGGUCAUGCAAGAACGAUUUUAUCCGAAACCCGAUACCACGCUGCAAAAUCUGCAAAAUAUGCUUUGAACUUUGUGAUAGUACUCCCUACGGAUUUUGCCGUCAGCUUGGCGAGGGGGUUUCACAAUGCACCUAAAUUGUACCAUGAUGAGACUGUAAAAUCUAUCCCCACGGUCAUCGGAAUCAAGAGCGGAUUCAGGGCAGCUGGCAAGGAGCUGUACCAAGGGCUCUACAAUGGCCUGUCGGGGCUUGUCACGCAGCCGACCCGUGGAUUCCGACAAUCUGGAGGCAAAGGACUGGUAAAGGGAAUAGGAACAGGGGUUGGAGGGGUUCUUUUAAAGCCGGCUGCGGGUCUAUUCGGGUUAGUAGGAUUUCCUCUGGAUGGGCUUCAUAAAUACGUUCGCCGAUCGCUCUCAAAAAGCAAAUCCAAAGAGAUCAUCCGAUCACGUAUUACGCAAGGCAUCGAAGAGAUGUACGCGGCUUCUGAUGAAGAACGGGAUCUGGUGAUUCGGAGGUGGCAUGAACUGAGCCAAAGCGGGUGA